UGACACAGAGCUGGAUGAUUUAAAUCACAGAUUUAUCAAUCAAUUUAUCAAUCAAUUCAACUUUGUGUGUAUUUUGUCUUUGGCUAUUUUCAUUUUGCAUACAUCUCUUCUUACACCUUCUUUCACCCAGGCUGCCAAGUUCUGGUCAGUGAUGGCCGGCGUGUUGUUGGGGGGACAUUUGCGGCCAAGGACAAGUGGGGCUGGCAGGCCAGCAUGCACUGGAGAGGGAAACACGUCUGUGGAGGUGCCAUCAUCUCCCCUCGCUGGGUCAUUACUGCAGCUCACUGCUUUGUUGAAAACAACAUGCUUGAAGUGGCCGACUGGCUGGUGGUGGUGGACACAGUCAGCAUCGCAGACAGCUCUCUGGGGAAACGUUACAGAGCACUGCAGGUCCUCUACCACCCUCUCUUCAACAGAGACAACAAUGACUAUGACCUGGGCCUGCUGCGCACCAUCACUGACAUGGACAUGAAGGGUGGGGUGCGACCGGUCUGUUUACCCAGUCCGAGGGAGUCCUUUCUUCCUGGAGCGGCUUGUUGGAUCACAGGCUGGGGACAUAUUAAUGAAGGAGGCUUUUUGUCAGAUAACCUAAGGCAGGCUCAGGUCCAGGUAAUAGCUCAACUGGUCUGCUCCCAGCCAAGUGUCUACGGCAUGUACCUGACUCCUCGUAUGAUUUGUGCUGGCACCCUGGACGGAGGAGUGGACGCCUGCCAGGGAGACAGUGGUGGACCCCUGGUGUGUGAGACAGCCAGAGGGGACUGGAGGCUGGCAGGGGUGGUGAGCUGGGGAGAGGGCUGCGGACGGCACGAUAAACCAGGCGUCUACAGCCGAGUAACCCAACUGAUCCCCUGGAUUAUAAGAUAUACUGAGGACAAACCAAAGGAAUUGGAGGAGACCACGGCAGUCAUAACCGACACCUCAUAAGAACCGGAGAUUUAUGACUGACAACAGUUCCAUUUGCUCAGAUUACUGUCUGUUCUGCCAUUUUCCCAGCCCUUGUCACAUGACCACUUAACGUUUCCAUGAUGACUAUCCCAUAUUCUGAUACCAUGGAACCCAGCACUGGAAUUAUUUUUAUUUUAAAAGGCAGACU